UUAUUUUGAUGGCAACUUGCUUAUUUUGAUUUUGUUUGUUUGCUCUUUCCUGGCACACCUUCAACUAUACCUUUACUUUUACCACUAUUUCCUUCAUAUUUUCUUCUACCUCUCCAUCAAACAAAUUAUUCCUGAUUCCUCCAUCUGGCAUAUGCAGCCAAAGGACGCACCAACAUAGAACUUCGCGAGCAGUUCAUCCUAGCAGAUGGCGUGUCUCAAACGAUGACUGCCUUCAAACCUAAAACAUCAGCUUCAAGUCCUGGCUCAGGUUCUGCAAGCAGCUCACUACGCACGCCUGCUGCUGGGCCUAUCACUAAGGUACGAGAAAGAUCUGCGAGAUCAGUACCAAUGAGCUCCAGUGGAGCACCUCGACAUUCCAAAACAUCAUUAUCAGGAGGCACCCCAGAAUCACUAUCAGAUACAGAAGGACCCUCCACAAAAACACCAAGGAAAUUUUCGUACAGAUCUCCCUAUGCCUAUACUCCCAGUGGUUCAAGACCAAGUUCUCGUCCAAGUUCCAGAUCUGGUAGCAGACCAGGAAGUAAACCGCCUUCCAGGCAUGGUUCAAACUUGUCCUUGGAUAGCACCGGUAAGAUCCCAUAACAAAUUUAUUGUUUUAUUACGG